AUGUUUGUUCUGAUUGCCCAGCUAUUUUUAGUAUCUUCUGCUGAUGCAAUAUUAAAUAUUGAUCCACUUACAGAUCUGAGUACUGAACAGUCUUUAAGUAGUUGUGCUGCUGAAUUGGGUCGAUUCUAUUUUAGAGACCAAUUUAAUGAAAGCGUUAUUGUAAUUUUCGAAAAUUCUACGAAAUUUUCAUCGCUGCGUUCAUUUUUAGUCAAUGAAUUAGCCAAUGAAAAUAAACCAUACUAUAUAAUAUCUUUGAACAAAUCAAUAUUAAGAAACAAAUCAGGAAGAAUGUUCAAACAUCUAUUAAUAGAAAUGUCGUAUGUCGAUAAAUUCAAAGAAACUAUUGAAAUAAUCAAAGUACUACCUAGUUGGAACCCUAAAGCUAACUUUUUAAUUAUAUCUUUUACAACAUUCGAAGAUUCAAAGGUAACAGCUAAUACAAUUUUUACCAUGCUUUGGAAAGAAGAUAUUGUACCAAUAGCUGUUAUACUAAUAGAUCAAAAAAAAACAAACUUUGAUAUCUUUACAAGAUCUUCCAUGUACGAUCUAAGUGUAGAUAUAUCAGAGUUGAAUAUAUGUGGACGAUUGAGAAGAGAAAAUAUAACUUACGAUAAAAUAGUAAUGAGACCAAUAGAUACAUUUAAAAAAGUUAGAGCCAAAUUCUACCCAUGGCCUCCUUUUACUUUUGACUUAAAAAAACCGGGAAUAGAGAUACGGCUGAUAGAUACAUUAGCAAAAACAUGUAAACUUACUGUGGAGUAUUAUGAAAUUGACCCAAAAUAUCCUAGCGGGGAAGUUUUCGAUAAUGGGACUCUAACAAAGGAGUUCAAAGAGUUAGCUGAUAACAAGUUCGAUAUAAUAUUUGGUGGAUAUACGUUAACUGACGAAAGAAUAUUGUACCUCAGUCCUAGCGUUUCCUAUUACUAUGAUGAAUUACUAUGGUGCGUCCCCAAUAAAGAACGUUACCAAUAUAACAUAUACAUUGAAAAAAUCGUAAUCUUACUUGGUUUACUAAUAUUAUUAGUAUUAAUAGUUAUGAUUUGGUAUACUAACAGAAGCGAAGAACCAAAAUUAAGAUUUGAUUCAUCUAUCGAUGAUCUGAGUACUGAACAGUCUUUAAGUAGUUGUGCUGCUGAAUUGUGUCAAAUGUAUUUUAGGGAUCAAUUCAAUGAGAGCGUUAUUGUAAUCUUCGAAAAUUCUACGAAAUUUUCAACUCCCCGUUCAUUUUUAAUCAAUGAAUUAGCCAAUGAAAAUAAAUCAUACUAUAUAAUAGCUUUGAACAAAUCAAUAUUAAGGAACAAAUCAACAAGAAUGUUCAAACAUCUAUUAAUAGAAAUGUCGUCUGUCGAUAAAUUCAAAGAAACUAUUGAAAUAAUCAAAGUACUACCUAGUUGGAACCCUAAAGCUAACUUUUUAAUUAUAUCUUUUACAGCAUUCGAAGAUUCCAAGGCAACAGCUAAUACAAUUUUCACCAUACUUUGGAAAGAAGAUAUUGUACCAAUAGCUGUUAUACUAAUAGAUCAAAAAAAUUUAACAAACCUCGAUAUCUUUACAAGAUCUUCCAUGUACGAUCUCAAUGUAAAUAUCUCAGAAUUAAGUAUAUGUGGACGAUUGAGAAGAGAAAAUAUAACUUAUAAUAAAAUAGUAACGAGGCCAAUGGAAACAUUUAAAAAAGUUAGAGCCAAAUUCUACCGAUGGCCUCCUUUUACUAUGUAUGACGGUAUUUCUUUCGACGGUUCUUUCAGCUUAAAGAAACCGGGAAUAGAGAAAAGGCUGAUAGAGACAUUAGCAAAAACAUGUAAACUUACUGUGGAGUAUUAUGAAAUCGAUCCAAGAUAUCCUAGCGGGGAAGUUUUCGCCAAUGGGACUCUAACAAAGGAGUUCAAAGAUUUAGCUGAUAACAAGUUUGAUAUAAUAUUUGGGGGAUAUACGUUAACUUACGAAAGAAUAUUGUACCUUAGUCCUAGCGUUUCCUAUUACUAUGAUGAAUUACUAUGGUGCGUUCCAAGCAAAAAACAAUACCAAUAUGAUAUAUACAUUGAAAAAAUUGUAAUUUUACUUGGUUUGCUAAUAUUAUUAGCAUUAAUAAUUUUGAUUUGGUAUACUAACAGAAGCGAAGAACCAAUAUCAAGAUUUGAUUCGUCUAUCGAUGGUAUCGUUUUAAAAGCAUUUGCGAUUUGCUUGCACAUUCCGAUUCCAUGCCUGCCAAAAUCUAACAGGUUGAGAUACUUUGUGGGUUUACUAAUUAUUUUUGCAUUUUUUUGCAAUACCACGUUUACAACGGAAAUAACAAGUUUCUUUAUGAAAAGGAAACCAUGCCAGAUGUAUGAUUCAAUGCCCAAAAUAUAUAAAAAUAAUUUAAAAACUUAUUUUGUGACGAAUUCUAUAAGAUAUUUCAACAGUGACUUUAUUGAGGGAAUAUCCAGAGAUGAGAUAGUAAAGAGGAAAAUUGAUUGUCACGAUUCCCUAGAAUGUUUAAAAUUUAUUCAAGAAGGACUUUCCUCUUUCUUGACUACGAAAAGUAAUACUGAAUAUUAUCUAGAUAUGAAACAAGUUGAUAAAGAAUUAAUUUAUUGCUUUUAUUAUUCAUAUGGCAGCUCCAUUUCUUUAAUUAUGAGGAAAGGUUUUUUAUAUAUUAAUGAAUUUAAUACGAUUAUUCACCAAUUAUUAUCCACAGGAGUAGUUGAGAAAUGGAAACAAGAAAUUUUUUCCGUGAACAAUAAAGAUCAAAGAGAACUUGGCGUUGAGGAAUUGAAACUCGAGGAUAUUUUUGUAAUAUUUUAUAUACUAAUAUUUGGAUACAUUUGUUCAAUUUUAGUAUUUCUUUGUGAAAUUUACAAGUUUUAGAACGUAAUUAUACUUAAAGUUGGUUUAGUAAUCGAAUGA